AUGAUUGAACCCACAAUUUAGGACUACUUGUCGCGCUUUGUGUUACUAUUACUUAGCAUAGCUCAUAAUUUCAUAAUCAUGUGUUGCAUAAUUUCAUAACUAAUCAUAUUGCCCUAAAGAAUCCACCUUAUUCGCAGAAUCGCUUCUCUUGGGUCUUUGCCUGUCCACAGUCUUGCCUGUGAAGAUGACAGAUUACUGGUGUUAUCGAAAUCCGGCAUAGUCUUCUGCUUCUUCGACAGAGAACAAGGGCAAGAACAACGUCAAGAGGAAGGUCGAGAACAUGAUGUGCUUCUUGGCACAACAGCCAGAGCAGAGACAGGAGGAAAUGGUGUAAAAGUAGGUCCACAAGGAGAAGUUUUGGAUGAAAAAGUGCAGAUGAGUAAUGCUAGGGCAGUUGUAGCGGCUUCGCCUUUGGCAUUUGAAAGCGGAUUGCUUCCUCGGUGGUUACGUUCACGAGGAGGGUCAUCUUAUGGUUUUAGAUCAGGGUUGAGUUGGAGUCAUAGUUUUCAUGAUAUUUUUACGCAAAAGACUUCCUCACUUUUUUAGAGGAGUUGAUUCUUGAAUUUUGAGGCCUACGAGAUGCCUACCUUGCCCUUGUCCACCGCCUUCACCUUCUUCUUCGCUGAUAAAUCGCUCCUCUCCGAGGAAUUGUAAGUAAGUACGACCUUCUUGUUAUCGAAAUAGAGCUGUAAACCUAAAUAGGAAUAAGUAAAUGUUGAUAACCCACCGUCACCAGUAAAGCUAUCGCAUCAUGUUCACGAUGAGUAGAUAGAUCUAUAGAUUCCUGUUCUAAAAAGUCCUGGUUCUUGUAAUGAUAAAGAUUCUUUUAUGUCCAGCAAGUUCAGCGUAUUAUUUCCUUAGGUCGUUGGAAUGAUAAAGAUUAAGAUUUAGUCUUAGCUUCCUGUUCUAAGUUGAUCAAGUUCGGCGUACGUCUUUGGGUAGAAAUUGGGGACGUCAGACGCUGGUUGGUCGUCCAGUAUUGGAUAGUGGUGAGCUGGCUCUGAGCCUGACAUCGAGUCAUGUGAACCUCACUGGGUCACUGCAUUUAAAUGCGGGCAGUUUGGCGCCGCAGCAUGUAGAGGACAUCACUGGCUCUAGUACUACGCACCAUCUUGUAGACAUCACGACUGGCACACUUGUAUCUGAAGCUGCCCUCCACAAAAGGACGACGCCGCCGCCUACCCAGAGUUGUGGGAGUCACACCAGCGCAAAACCCUUGAUAGAGCAGCCUGGAGGUGGUCUCCCGGAUAUCAGUGAGGAUCCAGUAAAACGUCUAGAGUUUUCUGACCUUCAAGAAGUACAACUGGAAGAUAGAGAUCAGAUUCAGAACGAAAGAGAGGAUCAUCAGAAUAGCCAAGUAGACUUGCCGUCCUUGUUGCCUUCGCACGGUGGUAACAAGACACAGCAGGAGAACAAAGCGAACAAGUUGGGGAAUCCAAAUCCUUUUCUUGCUGGUAGAAAUAGUAGGGAAGGAAAUAGUAACGAACGUGGGGAGAGCAGCACUAUGUCUUGUGCCGAAACAGCAGGUCUAAUCCGCAACGGUUCGAAAGAGCUAAAGUUACGGACUCCCAAAGUGGUUUUUGAUCAAAAAGUUGUCCAAGAGAGAAAGACAGUUACUUAGAAGCUAGUCCGCUAGAACUUCUAUGUAGUGCGGCCUCUUAGGUAGGUGAGUCCUGCUGAAGAUUAUUCUGCUUCUGCUAAUAUGUUCACGUGACGCGCAGGGAAGUAAAGAGGAUCCUGUACUAGGUCCGCAGCAUAACAGCGCUACUGUGCUGUCACCAGGAGGAGCGACAACAAGUACAGCAACUAGAGGGUACAAUAGUACUGUGGCACGACCAUCUUCAAAGUCAACAUUACAAGUUCUGGCUGUCGCGGAUGGUCUCCGUAAUCUUGUGAGGGACGCUGACCAACUCCUAACCUGCGAGGAUCCGGACGUUGUAGCAGGACUCCUCACUUGCCUCGAAGAAGCUGAGAAUUUGAAGAAAAAACUCUAUCCUCCGCAUCCUGUGUUGCAAGGAUUUUUCAAUUUGUGUAGGGAUCGCGAUAUUGUUGACAAAGAACAAUCAUAGAUGGAACAUUUGCCAGUACAUCACCUACUCCACGACGACGACUUACGCAAUCAAGAACGACAUAUAAGUAGCUCGCUGGGUAGUUUGGCAUAGAUACUACAACCUCUAGUUUGUGCGUGACAGAUAAGAUUUCCAUUCAAAGCCUCGGAAUGAUCCCUACGUUUCCCUUCUCGGCUUCAUGAGGGGGGAAGGUUUUCACUUUUCCACUGCUUGUCUUCAAGACGAAACCCAAAAUACAAGUGUAGUUCAUAGCCGCCAUUUUUAUACGACCGGACUUGGAAGAAGAAUGAAUUAAUAACGUCAAAGGAGGACGACGCAC